AUGGAGGAACCUCCUCCACCCAAACAAAAUCAGAAUUUUGGGAAAAGUCAGGAUUUUGGGGAAAAAUUGGGAGGUUCUUCCCCAUCUUCUCCAUUCCCACUUCCCAAAACAUUGAAUUUUUUCUCAUUUCCCCCUUUUUUCUCCCCAGACCUCUCCCCUCCCGCCCCCAACAUCUCGGUGACACCGGCCAAGGCGCGUUUCCUGGUGGGCGAUGCCGUGUCCAUCUCCUGCGCCGCGCCGGCGCCGCCCGGCACCGACCGCAUCCAGGCCUUCCGCUUCAACGGCACCUCAGGCUGGGCCAGCGACGUCCGUACGUCCCGCCGGACGUCUGUCCACACCUUCACCGUCACCGGGCCCCGCGACGGUGGCUUCCACACCUGCUCCUACAGCGUCGUCCGGCGCGGUGGCCGCGUCCUCCACUCGCCUCCCAGCCGGGCUGUGGUCAUCGAUGUUCAGGACCGCCCGACCCAACCCAACCUGACGGUGACACCCUCGGGCCUCACGGUGCAAGGGCAGCCCCUCCUCUUCCUCUGCAUGGCCCCGCCCAGCAAAGCCCCUCGGCGCCACUUCCGCUUCCUCCGGGAUGAGCUCGAGGUCUCCGAGGGCAUCGUGGAAAGUUCUGGAAGCGCCCAGCUGAGGGUGGAGAGGAGCGGCCAGAACCAGACCGGGAACUUCAGCUGCAGCUAUGAGGAGAUGACCGAGGGGCGCUGGAUUGCCUCCUACCCCAGCCAGGCCGUGGCAGUGGUGGUGGAAGACCCGUGUCCGCCCCCCGUGCUUUGGGUGGAGCCUCCGUCUGGCGUGGUCACCGCGGGUCAGCGGCUGCGCCUGACCUGUUCCGCGAGCCGACGUCACUUCCGGCGCCGCUUCCGCUUCUUCCGCGAUGGCGUGGAGCUGAUUCCGGGUGACCUCAUCGAUGACGUCAUCAGUGACGUCACUGGUGAUGGGUCCCAGCUGGUGUUCCCGCAGAUUUCGCCUGAAUUUUCCGGGAAUUUCAGCUGCCGGCUGGAGGAGGAGGUGGGCGGGGCCUGGGUGGAGGCUCCGCCCAGUGAAGGCGUGGCCGUGGUGGUCAUGGCCGAGUUCGAGUUCCCCCCAUUGGUCAUCGGCGGUGUGGUGGGCGUAGCCUUGACCCUUCUGGUGAUCCUAUUGGCUGCUUGGCUAGGCCGGAGGAGGAGGAGUCAGUGGGGGGGAGGGGAGGAUUUGGACCCCAAAAUGUCCCCAGAUCACCUAUUUUAAUCCCAAAAUUUCCCUU